CUGCUGGUUAUCUUCUAGUCUCGCUCGUUCCGAGCACCGCCUUCCGUCAAGGCUUUCGCGCGACGCACCGAUCCAAUCGAGAGCCGCAACUUACCUCUGAAGCCCAAGCCGUCCUUCACCAAAUAUAUACAGCUUUACUAAGGUUACUUUCAGGCGCCAAACAUUAUACUGAUAUGCAACAGCACGGUACCAUGAAACUAACUACUUAUUUCGCUCUGAUGAUGUAUUGUUGCAUAUCCAGGACUGAGAAAUUGAUGUUUGGACAAUAUUUCAUUCAGCUCUGGCAUCUGUUUCAUCCUAAACUUUCUGAACCUUCGAUACCUGCCUACCACAAUAAGCAAACUUUAUUGGCAUUUUGGAAUCACGUCUGUACGGAUUGUCCGGAGAAUGUGCAGUUGAUGCUACAGAACGCCCACGUUACGAAGAACAUUGCAUUCAACUAUAUUUUAGCAGAUCACGAUGAUCAAGAGAUAGUGAUGUAUAAUCGUGCCAUGUUACCCGCCUACUACGGUUUACUGAGGAUGAUGUGCCAACAAUCGAGGGUGUUUACUAGAAAUCUGGCCCAGCACCAGAAUCUGCAGUGGGCUUUCAAAAACAUCACUCCACACCCUACACAAUACCCACAGGCUGUGGAAGAGUUAUUCAAAUUAAUGCAGCUGAUGGUAAUGAAACAUCCGGAUGCUACGGAAACGGAGCAGAGAGAAAUCUACAGUUUUAGGAAAAAUACUCUAAUGACCUACUUGCAGUGUCUUGAUGGCAGGACCAGCUGGGGCACUUUGAUAUCAGCUUUUAGGAUUCUAUUGGAAACGAAUGAUGAUAAACUGUAUGUAGUUUAUAAUGGGGGCUUGCAGAUUGUUUUCGAGAGUUUCCAGAAUCUCCACGUCAUGCUACACGAAGCGACUGCUUGUCACGUCGUCGGCGACAUGUUGGACAUUUUGACGAUAAUGCAGGACCUAAUGCAGUGCAUUAGAUCAUACAGAGAUAACAAAGAUGCUCGAGGCAUUCUGCUUGCAACGAAAGACUGGCUUGAGGUUCUUAGAAAAUUGGCGACUUUACUCAAUACGUAUAAUCCCCCCGAAAUGAGGGCUCUGUGUAUAGAUGUACUCAAAGAAUUCAUUGUGAUUAUGACACCAGAGGCUAUGCAAGUGCUGGUACCGCUAUUGUCACACUGCCACUCUGCCUUUCAAGACAGUCAAGAUGCCGUGCCCCUGGGGCCGUAUUUCCCUAGGAGGGGUCAUUCCUUACCCAUCGUCGCAGGCAAAGGAGGUGCCCGUCCUCUCAGGCCCAUGGUCCAAAUGACGGUGCCUCACAAUCAGUUGGAAUGCAGUAGGGGAAUUGAUCCAGAGUAUGAUAUGGCGUUGGAUAAAUUCUACAACCCUUACCACGAUUUUAUAGACAUGAUGUUUAGGUUAGCUGUAAAUAAUGAUUCGGUUCCUGAAGUACUGAUUAAUUUAAGCGCCGUAGUAGGUUUCGAAUCCGUUCCCCUACAUUCCACUUAUUUUCCUAAAUUGUGGCUGGACAUUUCAAGAGCUCAGCACAUAGACCGGAAGUAUAUAAAUAUGCUAACAUCUUGCAAUUACUUUGUGGAUUACGUUGAUGCCAUUCUCUUGGACGAGAGAUCCGCAUUAACAGUGGACGUCAUAUACGAUUUUUUAACAGCUUUUUUCCCGAAGGUGUCCGCUCACGUGCUUUCCGAACAAACACUGAGGAUGAUCGACAACACGGUCGUUUCUUUAAGUGAACAAGUUGGAUCUUUCGACAUUUCAAAAAUGGCAAAGAGGUUGUCGGGUGACUUGAGGGCCUUGAUUUUGGUGUAUAACAGUCCGGAGGCGGUUCCACCUCCGUUACUGCUCAAUACGCUGAGGGCACUGCAGAGCAAAAUCAAAUUAGAGAUAAGCAAAUUGGAUGUGAAAAAAGGUAAAUGUGAUGAAGGUUCAACGAAGAACGAGGAGAAAGCUUCCAGCGAAGCGAGUUCUUCAAAGGUGCAAGAAACGACUGGUGGAAACACGAACAAUAAGGUCAAAAGUGAUAGUGAUUCGGAAACGCAGAGUACUUCGUGCAGCGAAAAUAGUUUGGACGAGAAAAAAGAGAAGGUUCCAGGGCCCAUUGAGGACCUAGAUCUGCUGAGUAGAUCUGUAAACGAGCUCAUUGAUAUCGUCAAAAAGGACGCUUGAAUUCACAUUGAGCGCAGCUGUAUAGGUUCUGAUGAUGUUUUCGAAAGUGAUUUAUAGAAUUACGGAUAAAUGUACAUUGAGAGUUUUAAAUUUAAUUUAUGAAAGUAUAACGGUCACGAUCAGGGUUUUGUAAGAUUUCUGUUAGUUGUAAAUUCCUUUUUUAUUUAAAAUUGUAAUAAAUAAAUCAUCAAAUAUGUGUUAUCUUGCUUUUGAUAUUCAUAUGAGACUGUUAUGAAUAAAGUAUUUUUCUUUUGAGUA